AUGUCUUCCACCACCCUCAACUACCCACUCCUCGCCAUCCCAGCCUACUACAUCUUCUCGCUCAUCCCGCACGGCUACGCAGGCAGCCUGCUCACAUCGCACGGGUACAAAGUCAACAAUGCGAAUCCCAAAGCCUCCAUGUCGCCAGACGCCGUCAGAGGCAAAGUCCCAGAUACCGUCUUCCAGAAAUACCAGCGCGCGGAAAAUGCGCAUAGUAACGGGAUAGAGCAAAUGCCGCUGUUCGCCUCGGCUGUGAUUGCUAGUGUUGUUGCUGAGCGCAUGACGGCUACGCGGUAUGCGAGAGAGCUGGUCGGGAGUGAUGAUGCUACGGGCGUGAAGACGUUUGUUGCGGCUUGGUUUGUGGUUAGAGCGGCGUAUUCGGUGGCGUAUGUGCAGAUUGCGGAUCCAAGCAAGAGUGCGGUUAGGAGCGCGAUUUGGGCUUUCGGCACGGCGUUGGCGACGUAUCAGAUUUAUAGGGCUGCGGUGGUGUUGGGGUAGGGUGGGAGGAGAGUACUAUGAAUGGGGUGGGAAGGCUUCGCGGGUUGUUUGCGAGGCUUUGCGUCUAUUAAGUACUGUAUGUUGAUUGAUGAUUUUGCCUAGGUGC